CUGACCACUGCGGCAAUGGCGAUAUGUUCUUUUGAUGUGAUCAAGUCAACAAGUAGCCUACAUAUGCACCUCCGGCUACAUCAUGCAGCCCAUAUCGGGUCCUUAUCUCCUCCCCUGCGGGGAUUGUUUCAACGCGCGCCAGGAACAUCCAAGUCGCCUUCCCGUGCUUAAAUGACGUUUCCCGAGUCCCGAGCAAUGUCUACAUGCCGCUGCUUAUCACGUCAAUCAAGUCAAUAUCUAGCCAGCCGCAACAUAUCCCAGCACUUGCACACUUCCCAGCGUAUCCAUCUGUAAUAUCCGACAUUUUCUACCCUCGGAUUAAGAGAACAGAAAAGACUACGCUAUUGCAUACAGCUUACCCGCGGAUCCACAAUGGCAUCUAUCUCAGGCCCACGCAAACGCAUCCCAGACUCACGCGCAGACACACAAACGUCAUCACAGCACAUAGCGCCAACAGAAACAUCAUCUAUACUUUCGUCCAGCAAGCCCAGCUCGAUAAAAGACUACAACACCUUAUCCCCCGAAAUGCGCGCUCGCAACCACGCACACCCCUCUUCCGGCCCGUCCGCUACCAGCGAUUCCGCAGCUGGCACAGAACAAGAAGGCACCGCAGGAUCAAACUUGCAGCCCGCGCGAGAGCACAAGAAAAGCGACAGCAGCACCGACGUAUCCAACGGCACACGAGGCGCACGACAAGGCGAAACCGGACUCCGCAUCGAAUCCAGGGCAGCAACAACAGCAGAGUCCGCAGCAGCAGCCGCCACGCGGCGAGAAAAAGGAUGGUGGACCGGGUUCUGGGAGAAGUAUGGAAGCGUAGAGUUGGACAACAAAGGGAGUGUAGCUAGGGAUCAUUUGGCACUGGGUACGC